AUGAACCAGCUGAAACGGAUGCAGCGAAAAGCUGCUCUAUGGAUCACGGGUGCUUUCCGCAACUCCCCUACAGGCGGUCUUGAGGCCCUCGCUGGUCUCAUCCCUGUCCACCUUAUGCUGAAGAAGUUGGCAACACGUGCAGUGUAUCACGUCGCCACCCUCUUGGACACUCAUCCUCUUCGCUCCAUGAUGGGCGAGGGACUUCUUAAACGGGCUGUACCACAUGCCCACUCAGCUGCCUUGAUGACCCCAGCUAUGCAAGGGAAAGUCAAGAGUACUGUCAUGGAGGUGGACGAGUGUGUCCACACCUUAACUGAGAGCUUCGAGCCCUUUGCGCCCAAAGCUUGCCUGGGCGAUUGGUUACUGGACCGCUAUGCGGACCGUCUCCACUUUGACGAGCACGAUCCUACCCAGGAUAGGCGCCCAUAUCUAGACAAGCUCAUCGCAAAAGUGAGGGCCAACCCUGUAACAGUACUGGCUGCAACUGAUGGCUCUGUCCCUCAGUCCAACCAGUAUCAGGCGGCUUCGGCUGCCAUCAUCUACAAGGGACACCGCAAGCUCGAAAGGACUUGCUAUGUCUCUGGCAGAGUUACCGCCCCUGAUGCGGAACUCAAUGCCAUCUCGUGCGCAGUGCGCCUUGCUGUCAAGCAGGCAAACUGCCAACAUAUUAUGGUCUUUACUGACUCUAUGGGCUCGGCCCAUAGAGCGGUUGACCCUGGCAUGCACUCUGGUCAGGCUUUUAGCCUGUCAGUCUGUCGUGCUCUUCAAGAGUGGUUUGAGGUGGACGAUCUCCGCCGCAUUACCUUCGUUUACGUCCCGUCCGCUCUGCGGUGGGAUAUCCACGGUGAGGCACACAAGUACGUCACCAAACUCAAAGUCAGGGUUGGACUCCUGGAUUCGUGGAGCUCCACUUUCCAGGAUCCAACCUACCGAGGCUCUGAAUUCUUAGAGCUUCAACAGCCUGACGGGCAGCUGCUACAGCCAUCGUACCUCAAUGGGGGACCUUGGCUUUCAACAUUCGGACACAGUAUCACUGAGUUCGCCCACGUUUGCCGGUGUAUAACUGGCCACGCGCCCAUUGGAGCGUAUUACCGUUGCUUCAAGAUCAACGAGCCUCAUGGCUGCACUUGCGGGGCUGCUUUGCAGUCCCGUCAGCAUGUUCUCUUUCGCUGUCGCGAUCGCUACUCCGUGCAUUACCCCCGCUUUCUUGGGGAUAUUGCAUCUUUUAUGAAGUACAACCCCACGGCGUUUGGCUUCAACUGGGACCCUUCAGGUGUUGGAUAA